AUGUACCAUAACACUGUACAAACAACGCAAGUAUCCAGCUUUGCUACAACAGCCAACAGCAGCAGCAGCAACGCCACGAGCGACGCCUCCCCAGACAAUAUUUGGUCCCAGAGUGAUAUCUGGCCCCUGUGGGCCUCCCUCCUUCCAGGUGCUAUCAUCUUCAGCCUCCUGGCAGCUGUCGUCAUCUUCAUGACUAAAAUCUCAAGGAGAGGAUCCCGAGCAGCGACGCCUACCACACCACUCCUGGGGGCGGCGCAGGAGGAGGACGACGACGACGAUUGGGUUAACCUGACGGGAAGCGAGGUGGUGAACUUUUUAGCAGAGCGUUUAUGUAGAGGCGGCUAGGGAGAUCCCCAGUCUUAAAUUCAUAUUUCAGUGUUUAUCACAAUGUACAUGUCUAAGCUGUUAAAUGUAGAGU